GCUGGAGUUUAGAUGAUGCACAAAGAAACAAGUCACUUUUCCACGGUUCCCUUAAGUGACACGCGCUCAACCUGGAAGAAAAAAAUCCCUUUAUAAUCUGACAUAGCCUAUACUGAUUUGGAUUCGCGAGUUUGGAGCUGUUGUUUUUUUCCUCGUGCUUACAGAAAUUUAUUGGAUUUUAACUAUGACCAUCAUUAAUCCAUAUUGCACGUCGUUUCUCUCUUUUUCACUCGAAUCGAUGAUGUCAAUCUGAUCCAAAAUGAAGUUUGGGAAGAAUAUAUGCAUCCUAAACGUCGGUGGCACCAAGUAUGCGUUCACAAGAGAAGUUAUCAAGGAUUUUCCCCUCCGAAGAGUGAGCAGACUCCACAGCUGCUCCUCUGAAAAGGAGGUCUUGGAGGUAUGUGAUGAUUAUGACCGAGAGAGGAACGAGUUUUUCUUCGACAGGCACUCUGAGGCGUUUGUCUUUAUUAUGCUUUAUGUCCGAUCUGGAAAGCUCAGGUUUGUCCCGCAGAUGUGCGAGCUUUCCUUUUACAACGAGAUGAUCUACUGGGGUUUGGAGAGCUCGCAUUUGGAGUUUUGUUGCCAGAGAAGACUGGAGGAAAGGAUGUCCGACACAUACACGUACGUUUCAGAGGAGGACAUCAAGGCAGAGGUGGAGUCCAGGAGUGAGGAGGAUCAGGUCACCAGGCUCGCCCCGGAGACAGGGAACGCGCGGUGGCUGGAGAGGAUGAGGAGGACUUUUGAGGAGCCUGCUUCUUCUCUCGCUGCGCAGAUCCUGGCAUCAGUGUCAGUGAUUUUUGUCAUUAUGUCUAUGGUUAUCCUCUGUGCGAGCACUCUGCCGGACUGGGAUACAGCAAAAAACAAUACAGUGGAAGAACACAGGAUUAUCGAGGCGGUUUGCAUCGGCUGGUUUACUGCCGAAUGCAUAGUGCGUUUCAUUGUCUCACGGGACAAAUGUGAGUUUGUGCGCCGCCCCCUUAAUAUUAUUGACCUGCUGGCGAUCACUCCUUACUAUGUGUCUGUCGCUAUGACAGCGCUGACUGGAGAAAACCCUCAGCUACAGCGAGCGGGAGUCACCCUGCGUGUAUUACGAAUGAUGCGCGUCUUUUGGCUAAUCAAGUUGGCGCGUCACUUCCUCGGGCUGCAGACGCUCGGACUGACGCUGCGCAGGUGCUACCGCGAGAUGGUCAUGCUGCUGGUGUUUGUCUGCGUCGCAAUGGCGAUAUUCAGCGCCCUGGCACAGCUGUUGGAGCACGGCCUUGACCUGGAGACUAGCAAUGAGGACUACGCCAGCAUCCCGGCAGCCUGCUGGUGGGUUAUUAUCUCCAUGACCACCGUCGGCUAUGGAGACAUGUAUCCCAUCACCAUUCCGGGACGCGUGCUGGGUGGCGUGUGCGUUGUGAGUGGCAUUGUGCUGCUGGCUCUGCCCAUUACCUUUAUCUACCACAGCUUUGUGCAGUGCUACCAAGAACUCAAAUUCCGCUCAGCACGCUGCGUGCGAAGUCUCUCCUCCGAGUUUCUCAACUGACUGUCGCACAGUUCGUCAUGAGAUCCUCUGAAACCUGCUGGUCUUCAGCUUAGCAACAUCACCUGCUCUUCUGUGCCUUUAUUUUGUACCAAGA